GUCACCACUGAUGCUAGAAGAUUUGUUUUUGUUUACAUUUUUGUUUUAAGCGUAUAACGAUUUUAAUUCUAUCAUUUUUAUCCUUUAUAUUAUAUAUUUAUAUGUACAAUUUGAAUUUAUAUAUUUUCGUUUUCGCGGACCAUCAUCAUGGUUGGUCGAGUAUGUGCCGUUUUCUCUUGUAGAAACAAUCAAAUGAUUCUCAAGAAAAGCGGCUCAAAUAUAACUUUCCACUACUUUCCAAGUGGAAAAGAUCCAGUCUCUGCGGCUACUCGUGACGAAUGGAUAAAAAGUUGCAAAAGGAAAGCGGCGUUCAAUGUAAAUACUUCAACAAUUUGCUCGGAGCAUUUCACCAGCGACGAUUACGAGAGGGAUUUGCAGCAUGAAUUGCUAAAUUUGCCUCCACGCAAAUUUUUGAAAAAGACGGCAGUUCCUACGCUAAAAUUGGCAGGUGAUGAAAUGACAGCAGAACAGAUAGAGAAAUAUGUAAUGGGAUUGAAAAAGGACAAGGAAAUUUCGGAUCCAUUGCAUAAGCUUCCAACUAAAGCAUCAAAAUCGAAUCGAAUUAAAUCGAAAACGCUCUCUCUAUUGUCUCAAAGUCCUAAGAAAAAACGAAUUGUAACAAAACAGGCAAAUACAGAAACUUGAAUGAAAAACCAAUUUAAAUUAUUUACUCCUUUUUUUUUAUUUGUUGAUUCUUUCCAUAUACUUAUUUAUACCUUUGUGACCUUGUAUAAAUUAAAAACCGUCAUAAGGCGGUACAGCGUACUUGUACAACUCGUUCCACAAAGUGUACAUUUCCCACCUUGGAUUCGUUUUGACCGAUAAAUUUUCAUUAAUAUCCAAAUAUUCUAAAGUCUCAUCUGAAUAGUCAACUUUUGGCCACGCUAAGUUCUGGAAUAGUUCGUCAACUUCUGGAGUGGGGUUC